GCGUGAAGGGGAGGACGCUGCCGUUCAGUGACGUCGCUCAGUAGCCCCUCCCCUUCCGGUCCUGUCCAUGCUCUGGAGUGACCCACGUGUAGCGCCGCUCUCCGGGAUCCCACAUGACUUCUUGUCUGAGUGAAGUGACGGACGACGGACUCGGCACCGCUAUGGACAGCUACCUGUUCGGCUGUGAACUGUCCUCCAAGACCAACUACUACACCUUCAAGGUGGACGAAGACGAGGAGGACGACUUCAGCCUGUCCCUGUGUACGGUCAGCCUUGGUGAAGGCGCCAAAGAUGAGUAUAAUGUGGUGGAAGUGACGGCUCGUAAUCAGAAUGAUGAGGACAUCACGGUGCCAAUCGCUACCCUUAAGCUGUCCUGUCAGACUAUGGUUAACCUGGAAAGCUUUGUAAUUCAGCCUCCAGUCACAUUCCGCCUGAAGUCCGGUUCCGGUCCUGUUCAGCUCUCUGGACAAGUCCUAAUUGUACCCACGGACUUGGAUUCUGAUGAUGAUGAGGAGGAGGAGGAUAAAGACGACGACGAUGAUGAAGAUGAUAGUGAAGAGGAAGAAUUAAUCCCUGUAAAGCCAGCCAACAAAAAAAUGAGAAAAUGAUGAAACUUUACUAAGCCUCUUAGAAGGCCACGUGUGGUUGAACCCGGAAGAACAUACAGCCCAAGACCCCAAGGGCCAGUCUUGAUUUUUUUAUUAUUUUUUUUUUGUUAAAUAAUUUUCACAGCCCGAAAUCAUAAGCAAAUCUUUGUGUUGGCCAGCUGGUUCCUGGGGGUUAUCCCAUACUGGACUUUGGGGUCUGAAAAUGGGAUUUUUUUUCAACAGGGGUUCCCAAAAUUAGAGCUUCUAAAAAAUGAAAGCAGUGAAGACCCAUCAGCUGGGACCACUUUGACCUUUAUGAGUUCUGGUACUAACAGUGGCCGGUGUCGGUGAGGUGCCGGCCCACCACCGUUUUGACUUUUCAUGACCGGUCUUGAUGGAUGGCUUGGAAAAACCCUGUUAAAUUGCUCCUUGUCGUUGACGUGCUGCUCACAUAGUGAGGACUUCUUGACAUGAGUUGUGACGAUGCCUUUUAUCGAUUAGUUUAUUUUUCUACUUGAAUUUUAAAGUUCUACCAUGGUUUUGGAUGUCCUUCUUAAUAUGUUUUUCAAGACCUGUAUACCCUACGGUAAGGGGGGGGGGGGGGGGGGGGAAUCUAACGAUUUAUGAAGUUCCUUGGCCUUGUUUGCCUUUUUAGUUUUGACCAGUUUUAGAAGAUCUCUGUUAGGACCUACUAACCAGACUUCACCUGUCCUGGCGAUGAGCUCCAUCUUUGUAGAGAAAGCAAUAUGGUAACUGUUUAUAUAAAAAAAAGUGACUGCAAUUGUUUUGGUUCCUCCCUGGUACAGAAAUAACUGUAGUGUUUUUGGUGGUGUUUUUUGCCCAUGCGGUUUUCAUUGCUUUUUUGCAUUAA